AUGUUUAAGCGCCGUUGGUUCUGUGCCAUUUCCGGUCAACUGACGCAACGGCUGGAGGCCACAACGUCGCAGGAGCGGCCGACCCACACUAGUCCAGCCAGGAGGCACACAGCGGUGCUGGAAGACUCACGCCCAGGCCUGCGCAAACGCAGAAAGACGUCCCGCAAGAGCUCCUACAAGGGCAUCGUUCGGGACGCGGUCGGCCGACCAAGCAACAGCGCUGGGGGAGGUGCAGCCGCGGCGAGGACGAGUGCCGAAGCAGUCGCUGCCGCCACCCAGGCCGGCCCUAGCAUGUCCGGCCAUCAUUCGCAGGACUCAUCUCUCGGCAUCUCCCACAACAUGGAUGUCGACGGCGGCGACGCAAGCGGCAUCAACGGCGGUGCGGGCGCCGAGGACUGGACGCAGCAUGAGAGCAUCUUCAACUCACCUCCGCCGCCAGGGCCCUCCGUCUCAGCGUCAACCUCAAUCUCCGUUGUACCUCCACCACCGGCGACAAACUCCGGCAUCUCGCACGCCAAUGUUGCGAGCAACAGUAGCAAUCCCUCCACUUCCCCUCCUCGAGGACCCAUCGCGGCAGCCUCCGGUCACAUUCUUGGCGAGACUCCGUCACCAAACGCACAAAAGCGGGUUAUCUCACCACGCCCCGGGCGCUCUACUCAACGCGGUUCCAAGUCACAGUCCGUUGUUGACGUACCCCCGUUGGCUGCGGCCGCCACGACAGCGGCAGCAACAGCACGGGCAAAGGAGCGCGAGAAGCUCAUCACUGGGCCGCUGAUGUUCCGAAUGCCACUCUCCAUCGCCACGAUCAUGGUCAACGGCCGUGAAUUCUUCAUUCACGCCAAUCUGCUCUGCAAGGAAUCGGACUACUUCACACGCUGCCUACGUGGCGGUUUUGCCGAGGCAGAGACCCAGCGUAUCGAGAUCAACGACGAGGACGUGUCUGUCGAAGACUUUGGCCUCUGGGUCGACCUGCUCUACCGCAGCCACUUUCAGAAACCGGAAAAGUUUCUUCUGCGCAAAGAAGAAACCGGCGGCACGCUGUCCACUAUGCAGAUCCUGACGUUGUGGAAGCUUUCUGACCGUUUCAUGAAUCGGACCCUCGCCGCCAUGGCCGAAGAGAGCCUCCAUCAUCGCCUGUCUCUGUACUCGGUCGAACAGUGGCGCAAGCUCUACCGCACGCGCCCCUCGUCCGACAUCAAGUCGCGUGUCAGCCGCCUGCAGGAUGCCUACCACUACUGCUGCGACCAGGAGCUGCCUUUUGUCAACGACAUUGUCGCCGCCUGCGCCAACUGUCCCGCCCAGGUGUAUGCAGACUGCGCAUCGCUGUUCGAGGUUGAUUUCAUGAUGCUCGUGUCGCAGCGCAUGAUCAUGGCGCAUGCCGACAACCAGCUCGUCAGCAAGGACCAACGCAUGAGCUCCAAUGGCAACAAACCCACCGGAGCCGCUGCCACCGGAGCCAAUUCAACCCUGGCUGCUUCUGAUUCGGGGAUGUAA